AUGCGUUGCAUACUCAAAGGCCUCUUCAUUGGCAGUAUUCUUCAGGCCUCAUCUUCAGCCUUUGCAUUUCACAAUUACGACAAAGCAUCAUCAAAGCAAUACCAAACUGGAAAUAACAACGUCAUUAUGGGAGGAAUGGAGGACAACGACCAGUCGUCGGGUGGAUGGGAUGACUAUGCGGAUGACUGGGAUAAUCAACCAGGUGUGAGAGAGUUUUCUCAGAAUACGAAAAAUGUCCUCAUGAAACAAGACAUCCCGGAAUCCUGGUCUCAAGCCACAAUCCUGGAUCUUGGCUGCGGAACAGGCAUCCUUUCGAGAAUGAUUGCUGGAGAAUGCAAGUCAAUAGUUUCGAUUGAUCCAUCUGGCAAAAUGGUCGACGUCCUGAAAAAGCAUAUCGAAAAUAACGAAGCCCUUCAAAACAUCCUCCCCGUCAAGGGAAUUUUGGACGAUGCCACGGCAGGAGAAUUUUUGGAAAAGAAACUUGGACCAUUCGAUGCCGUCGUUGCAAAUUCCGUUUGCAGUUUCGUUCCUGAUUACGACGCGCUUCUACUCAAUAUUCACAAGCUGCUAAAGCCUGGAGGAUACUUUGUCCAAGCAGAUUUCCGGCAGACAAAGGAACCACUGACGGAAAAUCAAGGGGAUGGCUUCCACGAGGCAUUUAUGCGCAAGGCAUACACCAAGGCUGAAUUGACGGUGAUUACCAUUGAGCCCAUGACCGUGACAGAAAACAACAUCAUCGUCGGGGUGUCGAAAAAGGAAUAA